AUGAACUCCUUAUAUAUGGGCCUGACAGGGCGAGCAUUGCGUCUUGCGCAGAUGAUGCUGGUUGUCGCCCCGGGAUUUUUCCUGUUUGGAUACAAUCAGGCCGGUACCGGUCCUUUGGCAACCCUCCCCAGUUGGGUUGCAACCUUUCCUCAAAUCGAUACCAUCAACACGGAAGGUGCUGUCAAGUCACACAAUUCCACCGGAAAAGGCGCCGUGAUCGCUUCUUUUCAAAUUGGUGCUCUUAUUGGAGCACUCUCUUGUACUUUCUUAUCUGACCGUCUCGGUCGCAGGAAGACUAUCUUUCUCGGUGCCAUACUGUCUGUUAUUGGCCAGGUCUUGCAAACCUCCGCUUAUUCCUUGAUUCAAUUCACCGUUGGUCGAAUCAUACUGGGUAUGGGAGUGGGCCAAAUCAGCGUGGCGAUCCCUGUCUGGCAAUCCGAAUGUUCUUCAGCCAAGAGCAGAGGUCGGCAUGUCGUCGCAGAUGGUAUAUUCAUGUGUCUUGGUUAUUCUCUAUGUAACUGGAUUGACUUUGGAUUCAGCGAGCUCCCCGAUACCAAUACUGGACAGUGGAGGGGACCGCUUACCAUUUCAUUCUUACCAUCAUUGAUCAUUCUUGCAUCUAUCUUCUUUUUACCAGAAUCCCCGCGAUGGCUGGUACGCGUUGGCCACUCAGACGAAGCCACCGCCAACCUCGCUGCUCUCAAAGGCUCCGACCCAGAUGAUGACGCUAUUCAGGUGGAGAUAUCCGGAAUCCAGCUAUCUUUCGAGGUCACAUCUGAAUCCAAGGGAGUCCUUCGGGAAAUCUUCUCGAAAAAUGACGAUGAACGUCUCCUCUACCGAUUCUGCUUGUGUAUAGUUCUACAAUUCUUCCAACAAAUGUGCGGCGGAAAUCUGAUUUCGGUCUACGCCUCGACAAUCUUCCAAGAAAACCUAAACCUGGGUUCAGAUCUUUCGAAGAUUCUCGCAGCUUGCGCCUUGACCUGGAAGUGCUUGUGCUGUUUCAUCGCGUUCUUCGCCAUCGACCGUCUAGGUCGUCGUGUCGUAUUCAUGGUUAGUGGGGCUGGGAUGGCAGGUUGUAUGGCAGCAAUGGCUAUUACCACCAGCUUCGGCACCGAGAACAAAAACGCAUCUAUUGCAUCCGCAUUUUUCAUCUUUUUGUUCAAUCUGUUUUACCCCAUCGGCUUUCUCGGUGGUAAUUUCUUGUACUGCACAGAAGUUGCCCCUGUUCGUUUGCGCGUGGCGAUGGCCGCUAUCUCAACUGCAAACCACUGGCUGUGGAAUUUUGUGGUGGUCAUGGUGACCCCGGUGGCACUCGACACGAUCGGCUACAAGUACUACAUUAUGUACGCAAUUUUGUCAGCCUGCAUCCCCGUGCUGGUUUACUUCUUCUACCCGGAGACCAUGAACCGCAAUCUUGAGAUGCUGAACCACGUGUUCCGGGACGCAUCGUCUCCAUGGCAAAUUGUCUCCAUGGCGCGUAAUCUGCCACAGGGCGAAGUCACACCUGCUGAGCUCAUUGCCAAAAACAAGGAAAAGGAUGACGGAUGCUCGACAGAGAUGACGGAGAAUGUCUGA